AAAUUCAAUUUGUGGAGAAACUUUUUAGUCCAAUCCGAAUCACGUCCACAUCGGCAACAGAGAGUGACUGAAAACCACUGCGCGAAGCCAACAAAACCAUAAAACCAGAAAAACAAAAGAAACGUUUCUGACUCUUCUUAUUGCAUUGUUGCUCACCCAAACCAAACCCACAUAUUUUUCAAAAGCCAAAUUCACACUCUUUCUCUCUCCCUCUCAAUCUUUGUAAUCUGUGAACGCUUCCCGUGAAACGUAGGCAACAAGGUGGCCAUAUGUGUUGGUAAAACACUGGAAGGUGCUUCUCAAAAGAAACAGUUCUUAACAAUCUUAGUGUCGUCACGGAAAGGAAUGGUCACUCAACUUGGAGAAAAUGGAUGUGAACACUGGAAAUUCCCGUUACAAUGAAAAGCAAUCUUUAGUUCAUUCCAAAUCUACCAAUGAAGAAAAAAGGCCUGCAGAAAAAGAAUCGAGCACUCCUGUAUUUGUUAAUUAUGCUGCAAUUGCUUGGCAUGAGAGUAGAAAAAAGUGGGUUGGUGAUCAGCGGAUGCAAAGAAUGGCAAAGGAUCCAAUCAUAAGCUGGUCAACAGCAUAUGAAGAUCUGCUUUCGACACAUGACUCUUUUCCCGAGCCAAUCCCCUUAACUGAAAUGGUAGACUUUUUAGUUGAUAUAUGGCAUGAUGAAGGCCUCUUCGAUUAGACAGUGUGGAGACAGAUUAAAGUUGAAGAAGUCAUGAAAACCCCUUACAGUCCCUAAAUAUAAUCUAAUUUCAUGUAGAUGAUCUGAUACAUGCGGUGGGAAAGCAUUGCUAGGAACAAAAGGAAAAUCCUUUUUCGUCUUCUUAAUUCUUUGCAUUGUAAAAUCUAGAUAUUGUACAACAUUACCUCUUCAA